AAUUUAUUGUUCAUGUGGACGAAGAACUUUCUCAUGUUCCUCAAGCAUACCACAACAAGAAACCUGGUAUGACGACAGUAGUUGAACCUGGCAAGGUGGACUGGCAGAUAAUGGUGAAAAAUUUGCGUUACCAUGGGUACAAACGGGAAGCAGAUUUGUACUACAUCAAGCCUGGGUGCGUACCACCUGAAGGAAUGGUACAGAUGUCAGGCCAGCAUGACGUCGAUGAAAUGUUGCACGCUUUAGAAGGGAUAAAGAAAUGUCAUUUGUACAUUGUGAAGAAUUGUGCAUUCUUAGAUAAUAGCGAUGAUGACAUGUCUGAACAGGACAUGUCCGAAGAAGACAUAUAUGCAUGUGGGUACAUGGAUAUCGGCGAGAGGGACUUGGGCGAAUAUGGGUCAUCGCCCAAAAGGAAGAAACUUGCAGAUAACAAUCCGAAGAAGGCAUUGGAUUUCGGCAGCAGUGACGAGCCUCUUCAGUAGGCUUUUGGUUUUUCUACAAUUUCAAGCUUUAUAGCUGAACUAUUGUCCCAAGUAGUUUUUUCAUUAUUUUCGAACCAACAAUCACUUCAUUGAAGUGACAAUUGUGAGACUAUGUUUACAAUAAUAGGCUUUCAACUUUGAGUUGUUGCUCAAUUUUUAGAUGAAAGGUUCCUUUGCUGCCCGCACACUUAAUUGUGGCUUUUACUAUUUUUGUAUUGCAUGUGCUGCACUAGUCCAAACCAGUUUUAUGUUCAUAACGUCAAUUAAACGAGGGACUCCACUUGAAAUCAGUGGCGGAGCUUCAAAGAAAUCUUAGGAGGGGUGAAGCUACAUUUUCUAUGGUUCGAGGGACUCCAAGUAUGAUCUACAUCGACUCAUCUUCUUCCGCUGCAACUCGGAGUCGGUAACGAUCGCACUCAAACCGUUGAUGCAUCUUCAUGUUAUUCCUGGGUG